CCCAGAGGGCACAGGCCAGACCAGCCUAGCCCACAGUCAGCCCUUCCUCUGCCCGUCGUGCGUUGACUCAGCCGUCGAUUUCCUCUCGCUCGGCGACCAUGGCGGCGGCGCCGAGGCACAGCUGCGCGAAGCUCUCGGUGGCGGUCGAGGACCCCAAGGCGCCGGGCGGCGGCGGCAUAUUCGUGAAGGCCACGUGGCUCCCCACCCGCUUCUCCCUCGCCGUCACCGACGGCGCCGGCGCCUGGGUCGCCGACGCCUCCGACGCCGAGGUGCGCCUCCGGGCCGAGCAGUGGGACCAGCCCGUCUCCGAGUACCUCGCCCUCGCCGAGCGCUACCUCGCCUUCCACCAGCCCUCCUCCACCUACUCCUUCCACGAGGCUGGCGCCGGCCGCAGGUUGUCAUGGACAUUCGAAAAACAAGGUACCAAGCUGGAAUGGCGUUGGAAACUGCAGCCGGCACCCCACCCACAACAGACUAUUGCUGAGGUCUUGGAUUUUCUUAUGGAUGCAAAUAUACGCUUGAGUGAAGAGGUUGUCAGGAAGACACAAUCAUUUGAGAAGGUCAAACAAGAAGCUGAGAAUUGCUUGCAACAGAGUGAAAGAUUUAACACCGAGAAGGCUGAGUUUGAGCAAGCCUCCUUUACAAAGUUCGUGGCCGUUCUGAACUCGAAGAAGGCCAAGCUGAGACAGCUCAAGGACAGAAUCGCGGCGCUCGAAUCCGCCGACAAGGC